UAAAAUAUGAACGCACAGUAUGAAUUGAAACGAGUGUUACUAUGCGUUUUUAGAUUAUCUAGCAUACAAAAAUCGUAUGACAACGCGCCCGUUCUGAAAUAUCAUGUACAGAAGUACCCAGUUUCGUCGAAAAUACUAAAUUAAUCAUUCCCUCGUUUUCGUUAAUUGCUUAUCCUGGUCAACGGUACAUAAUAUAUGUAACAGGUGAUAUGGACAAGACACUUUGAGGUACUUUCUAGUCACUUGGUGGUGUGGUAAUAAUAAUAAACGUAGUAGUAGUAGUAGAAGAUGAUGAUGAUGAAGAAGACGACAGGGACUUUCUGAUGACAGCAGCACGUCCCCUAAUAGCGGACGACGUUUUACUCGGGUAACCAUGGAAACGAACGUAUGGACAGGAAGAGGAAGUGAAGAAAGUUAGCUGUGAACUUCGACCAACUUGUGAAAGCAAUUUUUAGUUGGUGUCCUUUUGUUUCCGCCUAAAACUUCCUGUUCGAAUUACGAAGUUUAUAUUAUACUAAUCGUUUGUAACUGUGAAACUCUGGUCAACAAUGGGAACGACGGCCAGUCAGCUACCAAAGGAUUUGCUGUCAGAGUAUCAGGAGCUGACAUUCCUAACAAAGCAAGAAAUCUUACUGGCUCACAAGAGAUUCACAGAACUCGUUGCAAAAGAAGAUCGAAAUGAUCCCAGUCCUAGGGUGCCCAUGUCCAAAAUUCUCACAUUACCCGAACUCAAGUCUAACCCUUUUAGGAAACGGAUUUGCCACGUGUUCUCUACAUCUGAAAGUAAAGAUGGCAGUUUGACAUUUGAAGAUUUUCUGGAUUUACUAAGUGCCUUCAGUGAUUCUGCCACGUUGGAAAUUAAAUCGCACUAUGCAUUCCGCAUUUUUGACUUUGACGAUGAUGGCACCCUUGACCGUGGAGACUUGGAGAAGCUUGUCAACUGUUUGACUGGAGAAACGGACGAUACCAGGCUCACUCCUGAAGAGAUGAAACAGCUCAUCAACAACAUCCUUGAGGAGUCUGAUAUAGACAAAGAUGGAACAGUGAACCUCUCUGAGUUCCAACAUGUCAUCUCAAGAUCUCCAGAUUUUGUCAGUUCAUUUAAGAUUGUGCUCUGAGUGGAUAAUUGCAGCAGAACAUUGGAGUUUUCCAAAGGCUGAUCUUUGCCACACACAAGCAGUCUAAUUCUUCCUGUCUCUUCCUCACUGUUUUUCUAAAGGUUAUGAAAGUGCCUUCUGGUGUUUAAGACUUUGUUUUAAUCAUUGAAUGUGUAUUUCUUACCUUAUUCCAUGUCUUCACAAUUAAAUUUUAAAGCAUUGAAUAGCACCUGUAUAACUUGUUUUUUAAAAAUUAGAGCAUUUCAAGUUUAAUAAUGUAAAUAUUUCACCUUUUUUAUAAUUCUAUUAGUAAAUCUCAGUAGGUAGGAACCCUACCUAACAUUUUUUAUCUAUCAGUGAUCCUACACUCUGAGCAUUUUGCAUAACUGAAAUGUGACUAAUGCAGUUUCAUGAUAUUUAGGCUUC